UUGAGUCAGAAUCAGUUGUGUGAUAAAAUGUGGAUUCUGAGUCUGGAACAUGUGUCCUCUAGAACAGCAGCCAGUGCUCUUAACUGCUGAACUAUCUCGGCAGAACAUACAAAAGUUUUGUCUUUAAAUAAUUGUCAUGCCUCAUCUAAAUCACAAAACUGUCUUUUCUUGGGUGUCUUUUACCUAGGAAAGCAUUUUGUCCAGAAAAACAUGGGAAAUGGAUAAUUUUCCAUUACAGGGUCUAUUGACAUUCAGGGAUGUGGUUGUAGACUUUACUCAAGAGGAAUGGGAAUGUCUGGAGUCUUCUUGGAGGGCUUUAUACAUCGAUGUGAUGUUGGAGAAUUACAACAAUCUAGUCUUUGUAGAGAAACAUCACAUAUGUGGAAAAAAUGAAAAGUUCUUAGAUCAAGACUCAAAGCACAUUGGCUAUCAGUCUGUGAAUAUCCAAAAGAAGCCUAAUAAAUGUAAUAAACUUGGCAAAAUGGUUCAUGAAUCAUCCCAAUGUACACUUUAUAACACAAAUGAUACUACAGAAAACUGCAAUGAGUAUGGUUGGGUCUACCACAAGGAUGCUUCUAUUGAAUCAUCAAAUCUAAAUAGUCAUAAAAGUCUGAACAGUGGAGAAGAACCCUGUAAAUGUAAAGACUGUGUGAAAUGUACCAACACUAGUCAAAAUCACAGAAAGCACACUGGAAAGAAAGAAGACAGAAAUUCAGAAUAUGAUAUAUCAUUUGGUUCUAAACAUAAACUCACAUUGAAACCAUUCCAUAGUAGAGAGGAACAACACCAAUGUGGGACAUGUGGACAGUGCUUCCUGACCCAGUCGAGCCUCAGUAGACAACAGAGAAAUCAUUUUGGAUCAAAAUCCUACAAUUGUAAACAAUGUGGCAAUUGCUUUUCUCAGUUGUAUCAGGUUAAAAAACAUUUCAAAACCCAUACUGGAGAGAAACCUUACAAAUAUAGUGAUUGUGAAAAUUCCUUCACCAGUGUUUCUCGUCUUAGGAAUCAUCAGAUAAAUUAUACAGGAGAAAAACCUUACAAAUGCAGAGAAUGUGGUAAAUGUUUUACCCGACUGACACAUCUAAGAACUCAUCAGAGACUUCAUACAGGAGAAAAACCUUACAAAUGCAGAGAAUGUGGAAAAUCCUUUACUUGUGGCUCAAGUCUUAGAGAACAUCAGAGAAUCCAUACAGGAGAGAAACCUUACAAAUGUAUUGAGUGUGAGAAAUCGUUUAAACAUGGCUCAACUCUUAGAACACAUCAAAGAAUUCACACAGGAGACAAACCUUACAAAUGUAGUGAAUGUGAGAAAUCUUUUACAUAUGGCUCAACAUUCAGGAACCAUCAGAGACUUCAUACAGGAGAAAUUCCUUAUAAAUGUAGUGAAUGUCAGAAAUCUUUUACAUGUGUCUCAACGCUUAGAAACCAUCAGACAUUUCAUACAGAAGAAAAUCCAUACAAAUGUAGUGAAUGUAAGAAAUUCUUUACAUCUGGCUCAAAUCUUAGAAAACAUUACAGGAUUCAUACAGGACAUAAACCUUAUAAAUGCAGUGAAUGCGAGAAAUCAUUCCCAUUUGUCUCAACUCUUAAAAGACAUCAGAACACUCAUACAGGAGAGAAACCUUACAAAUGCAAGGAAUGUCAGAAAUCUUUUACACAUGACUCAAGUCUUAGAAUACAUCAGAGAAUUCACACAGGGGAGAAACCUUACAAAUGUAGUGAAUGUGACAAAGUCUUUACACGCCUCUCAAGUCUAAGAAAACAUGAGAAAAUUCACACUAGGGACAAAAUUUUCAACAGUAAAUAAUGUAGCAUACCUUUUAUUCAAAUCUGUGUCCCAGAGACCACUGCAGGCUCCAUUGUAGAAAAUCAUUAUGAACAUGAGAAACCCAUGAAAGCCUUAGAUAAUAUCAAAAAGUUUAUAUUGAGAAAAAGUUCUAAAAAUGAGAAAAUCUAGGAAAAUUUUUACUACAACAGUUUACUUUUUUACCCUUAAAUACUGCAUAAUGAAUAAAAAAUAUAGAAUCCAAAAUAAUGGCCUGUUUUUGCAGCCAGUUCCUGGAGACUGAAACAUUUCAAAUGGAGAAGAACCUGAGUAAAUGGGUAAAAAUAAAUAGCUUUAGGAAGUAUUAAAAGGUGAAAGAAUUCUCUCUGCUUAACUCACAUGAAGAAACUUCAACAAGUCAUGCUGCUUAGAUGAGGCUCUGACAAACUGGCCACCAAGAAAGGAUGGU